GGGAUCUGCGGGGCCCGAGCGGGGAGGCGCGGCCGGGCCCCCGGGCGACUCCGCAGGGCGCUGCUGGUUGGAUUCACUGUCGGGGCUGCGGGUGUUCGGAGGUGGAACCGGGGCAGGCCGCGGUUCCCAGUUCGCCUCGGGACCUGGCAACUUCGGGGACACCGAGGUGGCUCGCGGCGGAGCAGGGCCGUUGACGUUUCCCGGUGCGGGUCCUGGCCCACAACUUGCCGCGCGUGCAGGGCAUCACACUCCAAGAGUAUGUCUGGGGAGCGGUGGCUCCCCCCUUGUCCCGGGGAGCAGACCGUGGAGUAGAAAAGACAGAGAGCAGAAGACAAGACCGACGCUCUGAAGGCCUGGGGGGCGAGCAGUCCGUCGUCCGGGCGUCACGGAACCUGACGGCGUCACGGAACCUGACGGUGUCACCGAACCUGCCGGCGUCACCAUGCCGUCCUGAAACUUCCAACAGAAAAUGGCUCCCGAGGGCACAUGAAGCUGGAAAAACACACAGAUGCAGUGUUGCAUGCUGCCUUCAGAUGUUCCAGGAGAACAUUCCAGAGAGAAAUUGAUCCCCUCGGGUUAGGCCCUUCGUCAUAAUGAAGAAAAUUAGUCUCAAAACCUUCCGGAAAUCGUUCAACUUGAACAAAAGCAAAGAAGACACGGAUUUCAUGGUCGUACAACCACCGUCCCUGGCCAGCGAUUUUGGAAAAGAAGAUUCCCUGUUCGGUAGCUGCUACGGGAAAGACAUGGCCAGCUGUGACCUCCACGGGGACGAUGACAAAGGGGGCAAGAAUCGGUCCAAGAGCGAAAGCCUGAUGGGGACGUUGAAGAGGCGGCUGUCGGCCAAGCAGAAGCAGAAGGGCAAGGGCGGCACGCCCGCCGGCAGCACCGCCAACGACGACACCUUCUCCUCCUCCUCAGCGCCCAUCGUCUUCAAAGACGUUCGAGCCCAGAGGCCCAUCCGGUCCACGUCCCUCCGCAACCAUCACUACAGCCCCACGCCCUGGCCGCUGCGGCCCACCACCUCGGAGGAGACGUGCAUCAAGAUGGAGGUGAGGGUCAAAGCCCUGGUGCACUCGUCCAGCCCGAGCCCCGCGCUGAACGGCGUCCGCAAGGAGUUUCACGACCUGCCGCCGGACCCCGCGUGCCAGGAGCAGAGGGGUUCCCUGAAGAGUGCGGAGUCCCCCAACGGGGACCUGCACCUUCACCUUGACGAGCACGUGCCUGUCGUCAUCGGACUUAUGCCUCAGGACUACAUUCAGUACACUGUGCCUUUAGAGGAGGGGAUGUACCCCUUGGAGGGGUCGCGCAGCUAUUGUCUGGACGGGUCUUCUCCCAUGGAGGUCUCCACGGUCCCUGCCCCGGGGGGCGGGAGCUCCUUCCCCGAGGAUGAGCAUCAGGGGGACCAGGAGCUCGUGGUGGCCCCCGAGAUCUUCGUGGAUCCGUCGGGGAACGGCUUGCUCAUCGGCACCACGGGGGUCGUGCUGCAGAGCCCCAGAGGGGCCCACGAGGAUGCCCCCCCACUCUCACCGUUGCUACCUCCUAUGCAGACGAAUCCAAUCCAAAGGAACUUCAGUGGGCUCACUGGCACGGAUGCCCACAUGGCAGAGAGCGUGCGCUGUCAUUUGAAUUUUGACCCCAACUCCGCCCCUGGGGUGGCCAGAGUUUACGACUCCGUGCAGAGUAGUGGGCCCAUGGUGGUGACGAGCCUUACCGAGGAGCUGAAGAAACUUGCGAAACAAGGAUGGUACUGGGGACCGAUCACACGCUGGGAGGCAGAAGGGAAGCUCGCCAACGUGCCCGACGGUUCUUUCCUCGUUCGGGACAGUUCCGACGACCGUUACCUUCUAAGCCUGAGCUUUCGCUCCCACGGCAAAACCCUUCACACGAGAAUCGAACACUCCAACGGUAGGUUUAGCUUCUAUGAGCAGCCGGACGUGGAAGGACACACGUCCAUCGUGGAUCUCAUCGAGCAUUCCAUCAGGGACUCUGAAAAUGGAGCUUUCUGUUAUUCGCGGUCUCGGCUGCCUGGGUCUGCGACGUACCCCGUCAGACUGACUAACCCCGUGUCCCGGUUCAUGCAGGUGCGCUCUCUGCAGUACCUGUGUCGGUUUGUCAUCCGUCAGUACACCAGGAUAGACCUGAUUCAGAAACUGCCUUUGCCCAACAAGAUGAAGGAUUAUUUGCAGGAGAAGCACUACUGAAGUUAGGGGAGCCUGCGUCCUGCACUUUGGGAGGAAGAGAAAGAGAUUGGAAUACAGUUUACAGAUGUUCAUCGCUAUCAGAAUCUUUGCUGCCAUACUUAUUUCAGUUUUAUGUGUGUAAAAGAGUAAUCGAUUUGUUUUCCGGUGGGGAAGUGCUGGCAAGGUGUCUUGGGUUUAUUUAGUCUUUAAAAAGGGAAGGCUUGAAGGUUUAGAAGUAUGAAUUCUCUCUCACCGAUGUGCAGAAUAAUCCCAAUGUGAAUGAUCAGAUUCUCCUAACCCCCACCCUGUCCUUUGCUGCUAUCCACUGUGAUUUUUAUGCAUUAAAAGCACAUUUCGUGUGUAUUCCACCCUAAGUAAAGUUGAAUGAAACCUACAGAAUGAAAAUUGUUAGUUUCUUUAAAUGGCCCACUUUCAAAGAGAGUGUUGAGUGAACAUACCCGUGUGAUAAAACACAGAAUUUAGGCAUACACUGAAAAUGAUUUUUUAAUCUCAUAGUGGAGAAGGAUCUGUUGAGAAUUAUGAAUGAUAGAAUCUUGGGUACGGGAACACGGACCUGCAACAUAUCUUUUGUGACACUUGUUUCUAAAUUAUUUUUAAGGUUGUGCUAGGUUCUCUCUUCUUUUUUUCACUUUGGUUGUGAAAAUUUGGAUUUUUCUGUUGCCUUCAUUUUUGUCUUUGGUUCAUCUAUUUUAAUAAAUGGCCUUACAUUAAAAAAUCAUAAAGAAAUACA